AUUUAUUUUUUAAGUUGGUUGGACACAAAGUAUUCAAGUAGAUCCAUGCACACCAGAACGGUGUCUAGUACGGUUUAUUUCUUCCUCUUUCUCAAUCCUCUUCAUUGAUUUCGAUUCGGUGGGUGCGGGUGCAGCGAGAGCCAGGUAGACCGUCAUCGCCCUCGCCACUCUACCGGUAAAAAUGAUCGUCUGCGUCGCCGUCGUCGGUCAUCAGAACAAUCCGCUGUACAUACAGAGCUUCACCGAAGCCGAUGAUGCUCUCAAGCUUCAUCACAUCGUCCAUUGCUCGCUUGAUGUGGUCGACGAGCGAGUUAACAAUCCUAAAAAAUCUGGACCGAUGUUGAAUGAGACGUUUCUAGGACUGCUUUAUCCUAUUGAAAAUUACAAAGUUUACGGAUAUCUGACUAAUACAAAGGUCAAAUUUAUCUUGGUGACCACGGAUCUGGAUGUUAAAGAUGCAGAUGUGAGAAAUUUUUUCAGGAGAUUCCAUUCUGCAUAUGUGGAUGCGGUUUCAAACCCAUUCCAUGUUCCAGGUAAAAAGAUAACAUCCAGAACAUUUGCAGAAAGAGUGAGCACAAUUGUCAAGUCAUUUGGUUUUAGUUCAGUUGCGUGAACAUCUAAUAUGGGUGUUAGUCUGAUCCUUUGUUGAUAUUUGGUUCAAGACUUCUCUAUAUUGUUUUUUCCUUGUAACUUUAGUUUUCCUUAGGAAUUGAUUUUCGCCAGGUAACUUUAUGUUCAUUGUUCAAUAUAUAUCAUAUUCAAAAUGAAUCAUCACAUUUGUUUUUA